AUGCAACAGGCCUCGCUAAACACUCCAUGCGGCGCGGCCACCCGGCCACCAAGGUCGCCGCAAGCUCUGCGYCGCAACCCGAGCGAGGAGUUUGACGACGGUCCCUCACCGCGCAGCACGCUCGGUCGUCGUGCCCUGCCCCCCUCCCCGCCCCGCUGCAGCCGCCUCUGCUCCCGCCUGCCAAGGGCUCUCCUUCCGCUCUGUCCCUGCCCCCGCCGCUCGUCCCCCGGGCUUCGACACGCACGGGGGUCCGCCGCGCUGGCAGCACCUGGAAGUCACGUUUGGCCGCGCAGGGCCCAAGAAUUGUCUUUGAUCRUAGGAAAAGUUGUAGUUCCCUCGCCACAAAAUGGCGAACGGCGGAGAACUACAUCUCCCGGCGUGCCUCGCGCGCCCUCCCGCCSAUUGGCUGCUGGGCGAGGAACCCCCUUCGCCACGCUCGAUCUUCCCCAACACCACCCCCCCCCCCCGCGUUGGUUUCCCCCUCCUCCUCGUCCGCCCUCCGUCGCGGAGCUCGGUGAUGGAGGAGGGGGGGUGCGGCGCAGAGGAAGGGGGAGUCCUACGGCAGGGGAGGGAGGAGGAGAUGGGCGAGGGGGAAGUUUAUUGGGAAUUGCUGACAGGGAGUGGGGAGGCAGGCAGGCGCCGCGGGAGGCUGCAGGCAGAGCGCGGGGAUUAAUGUGUCUGUGUUCGGCUGGGAAGUGGCGGCACGAAAACUUCGUGUCUGUGGGCUGCGCCCGCCGACGAGGCGGCGGUCUGGGUCCGCCGGACAGACAGACGGCUGGACAGACAGACGGCCGGACAGACAGACGGCCGGACAGACCGCCUGCCUGCCGGGCGGGCGGUGUCGGCUCGGGACGGGCUGCCGGGUUGGGCUGCUUGGCGUUUCCACGGUGUCCCGAGGUCGCGCCUCCUGCGCCGCUGGCAUGCCGGGGCUGCCCCGCGGGAACCGGGCCGGUGGCCGGGCRCGCCCGGGAAUAACCUUUCUGUGCGGAUGGAUGUGUGCUUCCAAAUCCCGCGGAGAGGCCGGCGGUUGCCCAGGAGCAGCGGCCCGUCCUCCCCAGGGCUGAUGCCGGGGUUGGCCAGCACCUUGCUGCCCCAUCCCCGGCAGGCUCUGCCGCCGGAACCGCCGGCGGUUCCUGGAAACCCGGUGGGAAAUCCCAACGUUCAAAUUCUGAGAAUUACACACAUUUAUAAAGGAGCUCUCAAACGGGAUUUAUGGGUUCUGCAAUUAGUUUUUAGUCACUGUCCAACGUCAACUUUUCCAAUAACCUGCAAAGGCGAAGAAUAGGGUCAGUGGUGUGAGUAUGAUACUAUUGUUCAAAAAUUUAGGGAUAUUUUUUGUUUGUUUGGGUUUGGUUGUUUUUUUUUUUUUUUUCUUUUUGGGGGAAGGGAUAUCUUGGUUUAUGUGGUUUGGGUUGGUUUUU